CAUUUCAUAGUUCAUACGUAUGAGGAUUCCACAAUGCACCGUAACAGAAGCGUGGGUGCUUUAUAGUUGGUAUCAUAUCUCGUUUAUCAUUCUCAAUUUCAAGAAGGUAUUAAACUAUCCUGUUUGAAUUGGAAGGUCUCGUUGACCUUGAAUCCCUACCAAUGGAGCAAUCUGAAUUCGAAACCCUAAAACCCUCUCAAACCUCUUUCAAUUUCUCUUCUCAUCGCAGAAGACACUUACGGAGCGAAACUUACAGUACACUUGUUCGAAUCUUCUCUCAUUGCUACGAUGAUUCUCAACCUUCUCAUGCCAAUCACGUCGUUCCAGAUGAGUCAGCACGAGGUAAUGGUAUAAUCGAAUCGCUACAAGCCACUGAACACCAAGUGCAUGAUGAAUUGACUGGUCAUAGUUUGGAGUCCGAGUUUUUUAAUCAGGCUCAAAUGGAAAUAGAUGAAUUAGAACAUGUAAAAAGAACAAAAGGAAACGAGGGAUUCAUUUACACGAAUGGUAUUUAUCCCACAGAAUCAUUAGAAGAAAGGAACCCCAUUGGCGACGUUGCAUUGACAAAUAACCACAAAGAUUAUUUUGAUCUUGAAGAGAUACUCCUGGACGAAUCGGGAAAUGAGGGACAACUAGAACUAGACAAGGAACAUUAUAGUUGCAAGGUUAACAGAGCCCUUGACUCUUCUUUAGACAUAGAUAUAGCUGCUGAAUCUUCAGUACUGUAUAAGACUGGUGAAGAAAAAAUUUCCCCUGUUGAGAGGAAUGUGGUGGAAGAAGUUGAGCAUGAAAUGCAGCAGAAAGAGAUGGAACUGAAUGAAUCAGUAUUAAGUUGUGCUGUGAUGAAUUCUUCCCUCUGUAUAACUUCAGAUAAAGAGGUUGAAGAAGGAGAAAUUUCAGGGGACUUUGGGAUUUAUGAUGAAUCGAUGGAUUUGUUGCUUGAUGAUGCUGUACCAUUAGAGGCCAAGAAGGUAAAUGGGGAUCAUUCUUCUAAAGACACUCUUAAUAAGGAAGAUUACAUUUUUGAAGAACAGGAGGGAGCAAAUGAGAAUGAUACCAAGUCUAGUACCGAUUUUGUGGACACCGUUAAUGAUGCAGGUAACAGUAUGGAAGUAGAACCGAGAGAUGUCAAUUGCAUAGAGAUGAAGUGUAACUCUGAAAUGAUUGUUUGUGGGAAAACUUUAGAGGCGAAAAAGGCAGAUGGUAAUGAUUGUAUGCCAGAAAGUGGAAAAGAAAAAAAGAGAGGUACUGGUGCAAAGGAGUCUGAUUGUCCAGCAGCUUGUCUUGGGAAUCUAACACUGCAUGGCAAAAUCUCAGGGGAAAAUGAAUCUGAAAAUCAACUUACUAUGUCUGCAGAACAGGAUGCUGGUGUUGGAAAUAAGAAAAAGCGAGGUUCUCUGACGAAGGAAAGGAGGGAAAAGAAAAAGCAAAGAAAAAGAAUUAAACGAGCAGAGAUGAACAGAAAGCUUGGGGUGAAAAGGUUGAAACUGCAACCGGUGUCAAAGCCAAAAACAGUAACUUAUUGCCGUCAUUACCUCAAGGGACGAUGCCACGAGGCUGACAAGUGCAAAUUUUCACAUGAUACAAUACCGUUGACAAAAUCCAAGCCUUGCUGCCAUUUUGCACGUCACAUGUGCAUGAAAGGAGAGGACUGCCCAUUUGAUCAUCAACUUUCUAAGUAUCCGUGCAACAAUUAUGUGUCCAAUGGUUAUUGCAGCAGAGGUGCUGAUUGCAUGUUUUCACAUGAGAUGCCACUCAAGGAAGGUUUCCCAGUUGCUUCAAAUGUUUCCAAGCCUGAGUUGAAGUCUGUAUGCUUACCGGCUAAUAUAAAUCCUAAGAAGCAACUGAACAUCCAUGGUACCUCUCUUCAGAAUGUUAAUGCCAAUUCCUGCUCCAUUGAAGUUUCCCCUCGGAAUAAAAAUGAACAGACGGUAGCGCAGACUGUAAAACAUGCUUUGCAGGCAUCUAAAGGAGUGAAUUCUCUUUUGUUCGGGAAAUCAUCAGUAGGUGAUACCAAUAAGUAUUAUCAAACUGGCUCAUCUGCAAAGGUAGAGGACGGUUUCAAAGUUGGCAGUCAGACAAUUCAAACUGUAUCACACAGGGUUGGAAACUCAAAUGAGAUCACAAAGAGCACAGCUCGCUUGGCACCAAAAGGAAUAAACUUUCUGUCAUUUGGCAAAACUCUUUCAGAUGAUUCCGGUAGUAAUAAAUCAGCUAGCUUGCCUUCUGAUGGGGAUAAUGGUAUUGGAAAAUCACUCCUAGGUAAUUUCAGCAAGGAUAAGCAAGCUGGAUCAUAUUCAAAUCUGGGUGAUGCUGUUAAAGAAGGGAAUCAGAACAGGCAAAAUGCAUCAGACGUGGUACAACAUUUUAAGGAGAUGCCAAAAAGAACACCUACAGGAGCAUCCAUGGGAACAAACUUUCUCUCGUUUGGCAAAGCUCCAUCAGAAAAUUUCAGUAAUAACAAGCAAUCGAGCUUGUGUUUUAACGGGAAUUAUGGUGUUUCAUCAUCUGUUCAAGAGAGACGAAAUGCAUCUGAUAAACUUCAAUUUUCCAGUACAAUGCCAUGGAGGCUGUCAUCUUCUUCACUUCCUUCAGGUCAAUCACUAGAUGGACUUGCAGACGUGCAUGGCAGAGACGCACAAAGUUCAGCUCAGAAGGCACUCAUCUCAAACACAUCAAGCUCAGCUAAGAAGGCAAUAAUGUCAAACACUCCAAACUCAGCUAAGAAGGCACUCCUGUCAAACACACCAAACUCAGCUCAGAAGUCGUUCCUGUCAAACACACCAAGCUCAACUCAGAGGGCACUUCUGUCAACAUUAGCAUUCGCAGCAAAGUUCGAGUCUGGAAUCAAGAUGCAGCAUCCCCUUGAUGCCCUUUCUGUCAAAACUGACCUUAGUAUGGAAACUGGAUGCCCACAAAGUAAAUGAACGAGAACAUAAACGAUUCUGGAUUUCUUAUAUGACCGUGGUAGUAAAGCAAAGCAAUGAAGGGAGACAAUGUGAUGGUGAAUUGUGUCCUACAGUGGCAAAAUCUGUCACGCUUUUCACUUUUUUCCAGCAGCAAUCUGCCAGGUAUCUUUUAUUUGUGUUGGAAAUGUAAUUGUUUUAUCUUAUUAGGUUAAUAACAGCUUUUUGAUGCUUUUCAUUGCUUAGCGGCUGACAUAUAAUUGCUAAAUGGUUCCUCCUGGAUUUAAUUUUGGCGAUGUAAGCGAAUUAUGAAGCUGCAUUUAUAAAUUCAUUACAGGUGAAAAAAAUCUCCCUCUAAAAAAGCUGACAUCUUUCUUCUGAUUUCAUGUUCUCUGUACUAAGCUGGCAGCGGAUUUACGGCUUGGUUGCCAAAAUGGUAUGCCCUUCCUCCAUUAGGGCUGUGGACUGUGGUUUAAUCAUGGUGGCUAGGAACCCAAUGACCAAAGGUUCUUGGUAGGUCGAUUCGAUACAACUUGAAAAAGAUAAGGCUGUAGGCCCGAGAUGUACAUAUGUUGUGAGCGGAGAUAACAUCGUCCUAGUGUGUUGAUUCAUGGUACUGUAUAUAUUAUGCUGGUUUAUGCUUUUGUCUGUUACAACUUUGGUAUUCCUAUUGCCAUCUCCUUUUACCUUAUUUAUUUA